AUGAAUAGUGGUGAAUAUUAGAAAUUUGAAGAAUUAGGUUUAGAUUAAUGGUUAUUGAAAUUAUGUUGGAAAAUCGAUUAUAAAGAGCCAAGACCAAUUUAAGUUUUAAGUAUUCCCCCCUUACUAUAAGGAAAGAACGUAUUGAUUUCAUCUCAAACAGGUAGCGGAAAGACUGCUGCAUUCUCAUUUCCAAUUCUUUAAACAUUAAGUCAAGAUCCAUAUGGAAUCUUUGCAAUUAUAUUGACUGCGAAUAGAGAGCUUGCAGUAUAAAUAGCUGAAUAAAUAUAAAUAUUCGGUGCUAGUGUGAAUUUGAGAUUGGCUUUAUUAAUAGGCGGUCUUUCCUCUUCAAAAUAGGUCAAAUUGUUAGGAUAGAUUCCACAUAUAAUAGUGGGAACUCCUGGAAGAUGUGCAGAAUUGCUUAGCAUUGAUGUUAAUUUCUAGAAAUAUAUUAAAAAUGUUAAAUAUUUCAUUUUGGAUGAAGUAGAUAGAUUGUUGGAACCUCAGAUUUGGGAUGAUAUCAAGAAAGUGUAUGAAUAAUGUGAAUCUCCUUAAAUAGCAUUGGUAUCAGCCACUCUUAAUAAUGUCACUCAAUAAUUGAAAGAAGAAUUUGCUAAUAUUAACUUUGUUGAAUGCAUCAAUAACCCAGAACAAAAGGUAUCAGAAACUAUUAAACACAAAUUUGUAUUGAUGCCAGAUCUAGUUAAAGAUUAUUAUUUCAUACAUCUAAUGAAAAAAUUGGAAGGAGCUUCUACAAUUGUUUUUGCUCCUACAUGUAGAAAGUGUCAUGAAUUGAAUUAAUUGCUUAAUCAUUUCGAAAUUAAAUCAACUUGUUUGCAUUCUAUGUUACCUUAACAUGAAAGAAUAAGUAAUUUAAGAGCCUACAGAUCAUAAAAAGCUUAAGUUUUGGUAGCCACUGAUGUAGCAUCAAGAGGACUUGAUAUACCAAAUGUUAAAUUUGUUAUUAAUUGGAAUGUACCUAAAGUAGAGGCAGAUUAUAUCCAUAGAGUCGGUAGAACAGGAAGAGCUGGCAGAAGAGGUACAGCCAUAACAAUGAUGACCUAAUUUGAUGUAGAGAGAGUAUUGGCAAUUGAAAAUCUAAUAAACUUGAAAAUGGAGGAAAUCAAAUUCAAUGAAGAAAAAGUACUUGCAAAUAUGACAGAUGUCACUAAGGCCAUUAAGACUAUUAAAAUUACAAUGUAAUAAGAUGGUACAACAGAAAAAUUCUUAGAUCUUUAAAAGAAAAAAGUAAAAUCUAAAUAGAAAAGAUAAGGAAGUUAAGAAGAAUAACAAUCAUGA